AUGUCUGAUUAAUAAAUUAAAUCUCUCCAGUGUGCAGCAAUAGAAACUUAAGCCUAUUAUGAUGUGUAUUGGUAAAUACCUUCAAAGUAAGCAGCUGCAUAUAAUAUGCUUCUCGAUAAAUUCAACAGUCUAAAAGCAAAAAUUGAAGCUGAUUUUGAUUUCAUUCCACUACAUCCACAAAUAUUAGAGAUGAUAAACUAUUUCAAUCAAACUGAAACCUCGUAAAUCCCAUAAAUAAAAGAUACCGAUCAAACUUUAUUUUUAGGACCUCCUUCACGUGAUCCUAGUCAACAUUACAAUAGAUCUAUUUAGAGAAUAUGUUCUCAAUUACUAAAUGAGAAUCUCUUAGAAGAUCUGGCUGAUUUCACAGUUGAAAAGUAAGUAUUCUAGAAUCUCAAUUACAUACUUAAAUGUAAGGGUUUAACAACUGUGAACAUAUAACCAAUUACAAUUUAAGUACUUAAUAAUUAUCCCCUCUGGUUUAGUGAAGGAUUAGUAAAAACACUCGAAGCUUAUUAAAGAGGAAACCUAGUACCUACAGAAAUUGAUUAUCUCACAGAAUAAUAAAUUAAAUUCAUUCAUUCAAGUUUAAAAUACAAAGAUUCCAAGAUAAAAUAGAAAAAUAGCAAUAGAAGCAAAAAUGAUCAGAAUACAAUUUCACCACCCAAUAACUUACCAAACAUACGUUAUUCUGAAAUGGAUACUUAAUAAUCCUAAUCUUAAUAGAACUUUUAUUCCAAUUAAACCAAACCUAGAACCAAAAGUAUCCUCGUAUCUAAUUGGUUUCAUUUCAAGACAUACACAAAUCUCAGACCCAGAGACACUCCAAAUUAAAUAAAGAGACAUAAGGCAGUAUCAUGUUCAUAAGUAGAUCUACAGGCUCCCUUUAGUCCUUAAAAGUAGAGUCCCUAUAAUUUAAAGGCUAGUGUAAAACCUAGAUGGUUUGAGCAUAUUUAUUAAAAAUGA